GGCUCCUCCCCCGCCCCCCGGACGCGGGCGCGUUACUCAUUAACUGCGCGGUCCCGAGCGCCCGCGGCUGUGAGCCGGAAUCCCGGUUACCUGUCGGCGGGGCGCGCGCGGUCGGGAGCUGGGGACCUGCGGUCGCGGAGGGGGUGGGGGUCUAAGAGAGUUCCCCGAACAAGUGUGCAGCCCCGCGCUGCGCGGGACCUGGAGCAGGAUGAAGCCGUAGGCUUGGACCUGGGGUCGUAGAAAAGGACAAGCGAGGCUCGGUGCCGAGGCGUAGAGGUCACGCUCGGCGGGUUUCGGCGAAACCUGGGGGACCGGAGCGAGCGCCCGGAGUCGCGCGCCUUAGGGUGGCAGCGCAUUUCAGCCUGACUUUUGUUUCGGGGAGUUAAGAAGAGCUGCACCGACGUAAUUGUAAUUACACUGCCCUUCCAGCGUUGACAACUCUCUGACCGCCCUGGGACCAGCCGGCUCUAAUGGACUCUAGAAGUGAUGAUGUUAGGUGGAAUCUGCAGCACGUGAAGAGUUGCCAGUUGUUAUGGGAUUAAGAAAACAAAUCUGUAAUGGCUAAAGGGUUAUCUUAUGAUGAGGCUUUUGCUAUGGCUAAUGACCCCUUGGAAGGCUUCCAUGAAGUAAACCUUGCUUCACCUACUUCUCCAGACCUUCUUGGUGUGUAUGAAUCAGGAACUCAAGAGCAGACUACCUCACCAAGUGUCAUCUACCGGCCACAUCCUUCAGCUCUGUGCUCUGCCCCCAUUCAGGCUAAUGCCUUAGAUGUUUCCGACCUUCCUACACAACCUGUGUAUUCAUCCCCCAGACGUUUAAAUUGUGCAGAAAUAUCUAGUAUCAGCAUCCAUGUUACAGAUCCAGCGCCUUGUUCUACCUCUGCAGUCACAGCUGGGUUAACUAAAUUAACUGCAAGAAAGGACAACUGUAAUGCAGAGAGGGAGUUUUUACAGGGUGCUACUAUACCAGAGGCUUGUGAUGGCAGUGACGAUAUAUUUGGGUUGAGUACUGAUAGUCUGUCCCGUUUACGAAGCCCAUCUGUUUUGGAAGUCAGAGAAAAGGGCUAUGAAAGAUUAAAAGAAGAACUUGCAAAAGCUCAGAGGGAAGCUCAUAAGAUGGUGAGAGAAGCAAAUGUUAAGCAGGCAACAGCAGAAAAGCAGCUAAAGGAAGCACAAGGAAAAAUUGAUGUACUUCAAGCUGAAGUAGCUGCAUUGAAGACACUCGUAUUGUCCAGUUCUCCAACAUCACCCACACAAGAGCCUCUGCCAGGUGGAAAGACACCUUUUAAAAGGGGGCAUACAAGAAAUAAAAGUACAAGCAGCGCUAUGAGCGGCAGUCAUCAGGACCUCAGUGUGAUACAGCCAAUUGUAAAAGACUGCAAAGAGGCUGACUUAUCUCUGUAUAAUGAAUUCAGAUCUUGGAAGGAUGAUCCCACAAUGGAUAGAUCGUGUCCUUUCUUAGACAAAAUUUAUCAGGAAGAUAUCUUUCCAUGUUUAACAUUCUCAAAAAGUGAGUUGGCUUCAGCCGUUCUGGAGGCUGUGGAAAACAAUACUCUAAGCAUUGAACCAGUGGGAUUACAACCUAUUCGAUUUGUGAAAGCUUCUGCAGUCGAAUGUGGAGGACCAAAAAAAUGUGCUCUAACUGGCCAGAGUAAGUCCUGUAAACACAGAAUUAAAUUAGGGGACUCAAGCAACUAUUACUAUAUUUCUCCCUUUUGCAGAUACAGGAUCACCUCUGUAUGUAACUUCUUUACAUACAUUCGAUAUAUUCAGCAGGGGCUCGUGAAACAGCAGGAUGUUGAUCAGAUGUUUUGGGAAGUUAUGCAGUUGAGAAAAGAGAUGUCAUUGGCAAAGCUGGGAUAUUUCAAAGAGGAACUCUGAUGCUCUCUGCCUGGGACCAUGCAUGAACCUCCCUGAAUACCUGGAAAAUGGCUGAAUAUUUUUAUGGUUACUUGAUAUUUAUUACCAAGGAGUGGGCCCAAGACUUUUUCCCUCUUUUGCAGAUUACACUAAGAAGUACUGUGAUUUCUUUUAAAUUGACCUAUGCUGUGUUUGCUUACUCUUUAGUUGAACACACUAUAGAGAAUUACAGGUGUACUAGUGAUUGUAAUUUAUAGUUGCCCAAAAAACAAAAAUAAAAGCUAAAUAAAUAAGUACAUAAAUGUUA